UACUCCUAAGACACCUUUCACUUGACAAAAUCAAACUCAAAUAUCAGAAAUCUCUGUGUCUCUCCUCCUGUCCUCCUCCUCCUCCAAGGCAUGGCCACUUCGCUCGCCAUCCUCUGUCGCGUCCUCGCCAUACUCUUUGUUCUCGUGACCCCCACAACGAGCGACCUUUUGUCUCCCCUAACUCCUUUUCUCCCUCCUUUACAAGACGACGUGUGCAAAGAAGUGGCAUGCGGGAGAGGGAAAUGCAAGCCUUUAGUGAAUGACUCCGCCAUCUUCUUGUACGAAUGCGAGUGCGAUCCUGGUUGGAGAAAAUCCCCUCGUCGUGGCACGGAGCCUCUAAAGUUCCUUCCUUGUACGCUUCCAAACUGUACGAUCGAUUCCUCUUGCAAAAGAGCUUCCUCUCCAGCUCAAGAGAAAGCAAGUGGAGCCAGACAUCCUUCAAUACUUAAUCCCUGCAUGUGGGUCGAUUGCGGAGGUGGGUCGUGCAAGCAAACAUCACAAUAUUCAUACACUUGCGCCUGUGAAGAGGGUUAUAGCAAUCUGCUCAACGUCUCGGCCUUGCCUUGUUUUAAAGAAUGUUCGUUUGGAAUGGAUUGCUUAAACCGAGGGAUUCCUUUUGCAAAUGAAUCUUCACCACCGGAUUCGGGAGACAUUGAUGUGAGCAAAGCUCAUUCGCUUCUACGAGGGAAAUCGUUGUGGCUGGUCCUUUGGGCUAUUCUUCUGGGAAUGCUUGAGCUUCAGAUGAAUUAGGGCCCUCUUGUUGAUACUCCAGCUCGAGACUAUGCUAUUAAAUAUGAAUUAUCGCGCUUUCAAUUGCUAAAGUAUAUGACCAUGCAUUAGUUUUUGGUUGAUUCUUGGAUGCGAAAACAUAUCAAACACGCAACGAAAAGAGGAGUAAUUGAUUUUACUGAGAUUUUUGGUCCGUAAA